UGUCCAAAGCCCUUUGGUUAAGUUCAGAUACGCAAUUUGACUCGUCUCUCUCUCUUUCAUGGGUUCGCUUGAAACCCCAACCGGCGGGGAAAACGGUUCCGCUCCUUCCGCCGGCAAAGGCAAAUCCAUGUACGUCGCUGGGGCGGAGGCGGCGCUGGAGCCCGACAUGUCGAAGCGGCGGAGAUCGUCGGUGCUCCCCCUGGAGGUCGGCACGCGUGUCAUGUGCCGGUGGCGGGACAGCAAGUACCAUCCCGUUAAGGUCAUCGAACGCCGGAAGGUUCACCACGCCAUCCCCAGCGAUUACGAGUAUUACGUCCAUUACACCGAGUUCAAUAGAAGGCUUGACGAGUGGGUUAAGCUUGAACAGCUUGAUCUUGAUUCAGUGGAGGCAGUUCUCGAUGAGAAAGUGGAGGAGAAGGGUGCGACUGGUUUGAAGAUGACACGCCACCAAAAGAGGAAGAUUGAUGAGACACAUGUAGAGGGACACGAGGAGCUUGAUGCUGCCAGUUUACGAGAACAUGAGGAAUUUACAAAAGUGAAAAAUAUAGCUACUAUUGAGCUUGGAAGAUAUGAGAUCGAGACAUGGUACUUCUCCCCAUUCCCACCAGAAUACAAUGACUGUUUGCGGCUGUACUUUUGUGAGUUUUGCCUCAAUUUCAUGAAGCGCAAAGAACAGCUUCAGAGGCAUAUGAGGAAGUGCGAUCUGAAGCACCCCCCUGGUGAUGAGAUAUACAGAAGUGGCACACUGUCAAUGUUUGAGGUUGAUGGAAAGAAGAACAAGGUUUAUGGGCAGAAUCUUUGCUAUUUGGCGAAGUUAUUUCUUGAUCACAAGACCCUCUAUUAUGAUGUAGAUCUGUUUCUGUUCUAUGUUUUGUGCGAAUGUGAUGAUCGAGGGUGUCACAUGGUUGGCUAUUUCUCCAAGGAAAAACAUUCGGAGGAAUCUUACAAUUUGGCAUGUAUCCUGACCCUUCCACCUUACCAAAGGAAAGGCUAUGGAAAAUUUCUAAUUGCUUUCUCAUAUGAACUGUCGAAGAAGGAGGGGAAAGUUGGGACACCUGAAAGACCCCUAUCAGACCUUGGACUGCUAAGCUACAGAGGAUAUUGGACGAGAGUUCUGUUGGACAUUCUGAAGAAGCACAAGGGCAACAUUUCUAUCAAGGAACUCAGUGAUAUGACUGCCAUUAAAGCUGAAGAUAUAUUAACCACCCUUCAGAGUCUUGAAUUGAUUCAAUACAGGAAAGGUCAACAUGUUAUCUGUGCUGAUCCCAAAGUCUUGGAUCGCCAUCUUAAAGCUGCUGGCAGGGGUGGCCUCGAUGUUGAUGUUUCCAAAUUGAUCUGGACUCCUUAUAAAGAACAGAGUUAGUUCACUUCAAUUUCAUCCAUCAAUCACAUUCUGUAUAGUCACAAUCAGAAUAGUUGUAACUGUAACUCUAGUGUAGGUACAUGCUUGUAUUAUUGCUCUUUUACUAUCUCUUUCCACCUAUCUUUCUAAUCGUCAAUGCUAGAAGCAAAAUUUUAUUUUAUUAUAAUGA